UUUGCGGUAAUCUGCUUCUGCUACAUGUGAACCUACAGUGUUAGUGUGAACAUCUCCGCAUUAGCAACUGAAUUAUAAGUGCAUCUCGAUCUUACAUUACAAGAGAUCGCAAAUGGGAAUUAUGGCAAUAGGACAAAUAAUCGUUUUAUUCGCGUUAUUUUUCGAAACAUUCUCUGCACCAAGUGGCUGCAUAGAGUCCUGUGAUUUCCAUCAAACUUCCUAUCAGAGUCGUCAUACGUCAGGCGGUCAUCAUGCAAGUUUAGUUGAAGGAAGCGCACAUCUAAAUGAUCAUGAUUACGCCAGACCAGGCAACUGGACUGAGCAUAAUCAGUACAAUACAGACAGUGGACAUGGCAAAGUUCAUGAGGAACGAGGGCAAUAUGUGGAAGGUGCGAAAAGGGUGCGGUAUUACAAGAAGAAUUUCACUUCAUCCUACGGCAAUGUCAACGAAUUGGGCAGGGAAUUAGGUGAAUUGAGCGGCCAGCGCAGAUAUGAUUCGCUACACAUUCCAAAUAAUCAGCAUUUGGAAUCUCAAGCAUACAAUCAAUUAGGACAGGCAGUCACGAAAGAAAGUGGAUACAACAGGCUGCACAGUCAACAAACGCAGUCAUUGUCGACCAGAAUCGACAGCAAGAGUGAAAGGUUGGAAGAUUUUGGAGAAUACGGUGGACACUCGCAAGUAAAUCAACACGAACUUCCCAGCAUCGAUAUUCAAACGAGCAACAGGCAGCACGUCGAAACAGUUCCUGGAAAUUGGAGCAGAGUAGACUCCUACAAGACUGACAAUGGUCAUGGACGUGUUCACGAAGAGGAAGGUCAAUACGUAACUGGACCUAAAAAGGUUCGCUACUAUAAGAAGAAUUACACCUCUAGCUACAGCACAUCCGGUGUGCCGCAAAACAGCAUCGGUUCGGCGACGUUGGACGACUUGCACGGAAAAUUGCAAAGAAACUUGCACGAACAACUCGAUAACUUCAGACGAGAAUUUCAUCAAGCUUCCAGCACAGGACACACCGCCUCCGCCACGCAUGUAGGUUCGACGGAUUUGACUCAGGAAACAGUCGGUUUUCACGAUCUCCAAACCGCCGAGAGCGACAACUACAGACAACAAUCGGAUUACCGGCGUGUCCCGUCUAGCGGAAUCACGCAUCAUUAUACCGAUCACCAAGAGAGAGAGACAUUCGUCGACACGCGCCAGCCAUCGUCGCACACAUAUCCCGCCGGGAGUACCGGAUAUGAUACACAAAGAACGUACCAGAGUCAUGAAUCCCGCGCGUCCCGAGUACAUCCUACACCUCAUUCAGGUCACUCGUUUCCUGGUUACACUCAAGUUCCGUUUACCAGAGGCGAUCAGACGAACUUGCACAACGUGCACGUAAGCGAACAUCACAUCGACGAGACGCAACGUGCGCAAGAGAUCCUGGGCGGGCAUCGGUCCAGCGUGGCGCAAAAUCAACUCGCCGAGAGCUCGCAUCGCGUGUACAAUCCGAGCUCAAGUUACAGCGCCUAUCCGGGCAGACGCGACGAAACGAGGCGCUACGAGGAGCACUGGAGUUCAUCCAGUCAUACCGGUGGAAACGUCGCUCCGGAUUUCACGCACGGUCACGCCAGUGGUCAUGCCGAUAGAGCUCAUUAUGAUCGAGAUGCGUAUAAUCAGCAACGCGGUCGUUAUCACGCCGCACAAGGAUACGAUUCUCACGCGCAUACCAGCGAGAGCAGUUACAAUACUGCGUACAGAACGAGUUCAGGACAACUCGUUACCGGAUCAUUGGACUUGGGACAAGCGGCGCGAGGCGCCGAUUGCACCGAGGAGACUCAGCAGUAUCAACAGGAAACCAGAUAUCAUAGAAAAUACAAGCGGGAUGAUCAUCACGGCAAAGUGCAGCAGCAUCAAACGAUCGAUAAUGAAGAUUUGACGCAGCAAAAUCAGGAGUUGCCGCAAACUAUUGAUGAUCAGCAACUGGAGGACUUGAUGCAGCAAAGUGAACAAUUGACGCAGCAGAUAGAAGGUCAACUUGAAUUUGGUCAGCAGACUGUCGGUGAUCAACACCAGAAAGAUUUAACGCAACAGACACAAGAAUCUGAUGAUUUCACGCAACAAACGAGUGGUAAACUUGAGUUCGGCCAGCAAACUGUUGGUGACCAGCACCUGGAAGAUUUAACGCAGCAGAAUGAACAAUUAACACAGCAGACAGAGGGUCAACUUGAAUUUGGCCAGCAUACUGUCGGUCACCUGGAGGACUUGACGCAACAAAACGAACAAUUGACGCAGCAGACAGAGGGUCAACUUGAAUUUGGCCAACAUACUGUCGGUCAUCUGGAGGACUUGACGCAACAAAGUGAACAAUUGACGCAGCAGACAGAGGGUCAACUUGAAUUUGGCCAGCAGACUGUCGGUGAUCAGCACCUGGAAGAUUUAACGCAGCAGAGUGAACAAUUAGCGCAACAGACACAAGAAUCUGAUGAUUUCACGCAACAAACGAGUGGUAAACUUGAGUUCGGCCAGCAAACUGUCGAUGGUCAGCACCUGGAAGAUUUAACGCAGCAGACACAAGACUCUGAUGAGCAAAAGCAAAUUGAACAAUUUCAGCAGCAUGAGAUGGCAGAUUCGAAUAUAGGCGAUUUCGCGCAGACAGUUGGUAAACUUGAAUAUAAGCAACAAAAUGAUGACACUCAACAAUUGGGGCAUUUGGUGCAGCAAUCUCCGCAGCAAAGAAGAAAAUCCAACGACGAUUUCACGCAACAAACUGCAACUCAACUUGAAUUCGGACAGCAAGCUAAUCAACAUUUCAAAGAUUUGACGCAACAAGAUGAACAAUUUACACAACAGACAUCUGAUGAUUCCACACAACAAAUAAAUGGCGAGCUGGAAUUAGGCCAGCAAACACAAUCGAUAAAUAAAUAUACGAAACCAAAAAGUCAACGUUUAGAGGAAUUUAAUGAGGACAAUGAAGAUUUGACUAAACAGACGACAGUAUUUAAUGAUUUUACGCAACAAACAAUGGGGCCAGGAUUCGAACAAGUGCAAUCACAUAGACCUAGUAAACCGAAAGUCGGUAAUCAGCAUUUGGAAGAUUUUACUCAACAGAAUCAAGACUUGACUCAACACGUUGGACAGUUUAACGAUUUCACACAACAAACAACAGGAAAUUUGGAAUAUGGACAGCAAAGAGAACAACAGCGGAAGCCCAACUGGCCGGAAUAUAAUACUCAAAAUUCGGAAUCUCAACAAAAUGAUUGGAAUCUUUCGCAACAAUCGUAUCAAUAUCCAUUCCAUAACAAUAACGAACAAUGGCAAUUGGGUGAAAUGUCACAGAAAACGGAUCAAGAUUUUAUGCAACAAACUGAUCACGAUCAACAACCAACGAGUGGUGUGAUAAAACCAGCACCGAAACCGAAACCAAGACAACGACUUCAGAAACAUGAUUCCAUUCCAUCAGAUGCAAGAGAUUUUGACCUUUUCAAUCCGAUUGAAGUAAAUUCAGACUCUGACAUAGACGAUUUCCAUGGAAGAAAUAUCCAAGAUAGUAGUCGCCUAACAGAUUCUAGCUCCAAUAAUCCUAGAUCAAAAAUUAUAUAUGCCCAAGGAGGCAGUGUAUUUGACAAUGAAAAAGAAAACAUGGAUCGUUUGCAUUGGGUGCAUAAAUCAAAUGAUGCGACGGUAGGCUUGCAAUGGCAUUACACUUAUCAUCCAAGUGACUUGACUAAUGUCGAAGGCUCGCAUGACAAUUAUUAUCCUCAACGUAACAUUAACUCAAAGCCUCAACAAGUAGACGAUGUACAACAACAGUCAAAAUCAUUUGACUUUAAUCAACAAGAGACACAAGAUAAGAAUACAUUUCAAUAUAUGCAUGAAAACUCACAUACUUUUCAACCAUCUGCCUCGCAAGCGCAACAUAAUAAAUACGAUCAACAGUUAGGAUCUAUUCAACAAAGUGAGUCAUCCUACUUUGACAAUCAGUUUAAUCAAGAUCCUAAAGAAGCUCCGUCAAGAGUAAUUCCACUGCAACAUAAUCAAAAUUUGCAGCACACUGCAGAGUUGGAAAAAGAAUCUAUACAAACUACGGAACAAACAGAACAUGGAAUAGAAUCGCGUAUUUUGCAAGCAUACGGUGGAGGACCAUAUGAUCCAUCGCGAAAUGAUGAUAUUUACCGCAGAGUUAGACCAAAUCCCAGUGCUACUUUGCCACCUAUAAUUGAUGAGGAUCCAUGGGACAUUAGGGAAAAACCAAAAGAAAUAAUACCUUGGACAGUGGCAAAUACAUUGCCGACAACAAGCACACCAAAAGAGGAAACUAUAACAGAAGUAAUACAAACUACAACAGAGGCAUCAUCCUUUUGGAAUAGACUUGGCCAUAAAAUAACUAACACAUAUGACAAAGCUAAAGAAAAGGCUAAAGAAAUAUUUGGUUAGGCUUUACCAUUUCCAACUUAUUUAAAAACUACUUAUUUAUGUACAGAAAAAUUUCUUAUGCAUUUAAUUUUGGUCACACAUGCUGAAUUGUAACAUUUAUUCAUGAAAAAAGCAUAUAUAUUGCAGUUAUCAAUCAAAUCAAAACAAAUAGAGUGAAAUAUAUAAUCACAAUAUCACAAGUUCAUGAAUUUAAUUAAUCUUUUGCAUUAGUAUUAUAAAACAUUGUCAUUGUAAAGCUAAGAUAACUUUCAUAAUUUUAUGUAUACAAUAAAAAUAUAUUCUUCUACAAAUAGAAGCAUCAUAUCUAUUUUUUGUAUAGAAAUAUAUUUUAGAUAUAUGAUAAAUAAAGAAGUUGAUCAAUUCGAGAAACAAUUAAUGUUAUUUGGCUAAUGUAUAAGCAAUUUGAAGAAAUUUAUCAGAGGAUUUAAACAAUUAUAUUAAUAAACAGUACAAAUAAUUUUUGCAUAUUCUUACCUCUGGCAGACUUUUAAAAAAUCUGACAAAACUUUGUUGUGUAGGAGGAUCUGAAAAAUUAUUAUAUUGUUAUAAUGAAAUAAUAAAAGUACAAGAACAGAACAAACAA